AUGAUUUUUGAUGCUCAACAUUUAGCAACUUUCACAAUGUGCUUUAUUUUAAUGGUCGCCAUGCAGGGAACAUUCUGUGCUUUUGCUUAUUUCAUGUAUGGUUCGUAUCGGAAACAUUUAAAAAAGACGUUUAUCAAGUUGUUGUUUAGAAAGAAAAAAUCUUCGAUUGUGGCAAUUCGUGGACCCUUGUUCACUUAC